GGUGGUAUAAAUGCUGCACUAGGGAACAUGACUGAAGAUGAUUGGAGGUGGCACAUGUAUGAUACAGUCAAAGGAAGUGAUUGGUUAGGUGAUCAGGAUGCCAUACAAUAUAUGUGUAGAGAGGCGCCAAAAGCGGUCAUAGAGCUUGAAAACUAUGGUUUACCAUUUUCGCGAACUGAAGAUGGGAAAAUAUAUCAGCGUGCAUUUGGUGGCCAGAGCCUGAACUUUGGAAAAGGUGGACAGGCAUACCGUUGUGCAUGUGCCGCUGAUCGAACUGGCCAUGCUUUGCUGCACAGUCUUUAUGGUCAGGCAAUGAAACACAAUACCCAAUUCUUUGUGGAGUAUUUCGCAUUGGAUCUUAUCAUGGAUAGCAGUGGUGCCUGUCAAGGAGUAAUUGCAUUAAACAUGGAGGAUGGGACACUACAUCGAUUCAGUGCUGCCUCUACAAUAUUGGCUACAGGGGGGUAUGGUAGAGCAUACUUUUCUGCCACCUCAGCUCAUACAUGCACAGGAGAUGGCAAUGCUAUGGUUGCACGUGCUGGACUACCUCUUGAGGAUCUUGAAUUUGUGCAAUUUCACCCAACGGGUAUCUAUGGUGCAGGAUGCCUCAUUACUGAAGGAUCCCGUGGUGAAGGUGGCAUUCUAAGGAACAGUGAAGGUGAACGCUUUAUGGAACGUUAUGCUCCUACUGCUAAAGAUCUUGCAUCAAGAGAUGUUGUUUCAAGAUCAAUGACGAUGGAAAUUCGAGAAGGUCGUGGUGUAGGACCCAUGAAGGACCACAUCUAUCUCCAUUUGAACCACUUACCUCCAGAAGUGCUUAAGGAGAGACUUCCUGGCAUCUCAGAAACUGCUGCCAUUUUUGCGGGUGUAGAUGUUACGAAGGAGCCCAUCCCUGUCCUUCCUACCGUUCACUAUAAUAUGGGUGGAAUUCCUACGAAUCACCAUGGAGAGGUGGUUUGCAUCAAAGGUGAUGACCCUGAUGCAAUAAUUCCUGGACUAUUUGCUGCGGGGGAGGCAGCAUGUGCAUCUGUUCAUGGUGCCAAUCGGCUUGGUGCAAAUUCUCUACUUGACAUUGUUGUUUUUGGUCGGGCUUGUGCAAAUAGGGUGGCAGAGAUCAGCAGACCAGGGGAAAAACAAAAACCCUUGGAAAGUGAUGCUGGGGAGAAGACAAUUGCGUGGCUGGAUAGACUAAGAAAUUCAAAUGGUUCAUUGCCUACUUCAAAAGUCCGUCUGAAUAUGCAACGAAUUAUGCAAAACAAUGCUGCUGUAUUCCGCACUCAGGAAACAUUAGAAGAAGGUUGUCAAUUAAUUGAUGGGGCAUGGAAUAGCUUUCAUGAUGUAAAGUUGAAGGAUCGGAGUCUGAUAUGGAACUCUGAUUUGGUUGAGACCCUAGAGUUGGAAAACCUUUUGAUAAAUGCAUGCAUAACCAUGCAUUCUGCCGAGGCCAGGAAGGAAAGCAGAGGGGCACAUGCCCGUGAAGAUUUUACGAAAAGAGAUGAUGAGAACUGGAUGAAGCAUACUUUGGGAUACUGGGAGAACGAGAAGGUGCGGCUGGACUACAGACCUGUGCAUAUGAACACAUUGGAUGAUGAGGUGGAGACAUUCCCUCCAAAAGCACGUGUAUAUUGAACAAUUUCAAUGAAGAGUGGGCAGCUUUGAGGGAUGAACCACAUGGUUCUGAUAAAUUAUUGAGGAUCUAGUAUUUUGACACUGUGGCCUGUAUUGGAGUGUCAUCUAAUUUGUAUGAUAAAAAUUUCUUUUCAUAUCAAAAUAGCAAUAAUAAGUACAGGCUUUGCAUUUAAAUUUAUGAAUAAAACUUGUGCACCAUUGUCAACUUGAAUAGAAUGAUUUACUGCUGUGGCAUCUUUGAAAUA